AUGUCAUAUAAUGAAUCAUCACAAAUUAAAUAUUGGAUGUUUAAUAAUGAAGGAUUAAAAAAAUUAAGAGAACAAUGUAAUAAUCAACAUAAACAAGUGAUUUUAGAAAAAACACCAUCAUCUGAACCAAAUAUACUAUCACCCGACGAUGAAUUAUCAUUAAUACAUUAUUAUGAAACUAAAACAUUAGAAAUUGCAAUGGCUUUAAAUUUACCUGAUAAAGUAUCUGCACCAGCAAUUAUAUAUAUAAAAAGAUUUUAUUUAAAGAAUAGUAUAAUGCAAUAUGGAGCGAAAUUGGUGAUGUUAUCAUGUUUAUUCAUUGCAUGUAAAACAGAGGAUAAUCAUUUAGAUAUCGAUUAUUAUAGUAAUAUUACUAAAGCAUCACCAUCAGAUAUUACAAAUUUAGAAAUUAUCAUUUUAGAAUCAUUAAAUUUCAAUCUAAUAGUUUAUCAUCCAUUUAGACCAAUGUAUGGUUACAUUUUAGAUAUUAAUGAUAACUCUGCAAUCUAUAAUAACACCAAUGGUGUAUCACCUAUUAAAUUUGAUACUCUUUGGGAAACUUGUAAAAAAUCAAUUCAAAAAUCAUUAUUUAGUGAUUGUUGUUUUGAAUUUCAUCCUCAAAUUAUUGCAUUAGCUUGUUUAAAUUUAAAUUGGGAUGGUUUUAAUAUGUAUUGUAUUAAUAAUAAUAAUAAUAAUAAUAAUAAUAAUAAUAAUAAUAAUAAUAAUAAUAAUAAUAAUAAUAAUAAUAAUAAUAAUAAUAAUAAUAAUAAUAAUAAUAAUAAUAAUAAUAAUAAUAAUAAUAAUAAUAAUAAUAAUAAUAAUAAUAAUAAUAAUAAUAAUAAUAAUAAUUUAUUAUUAUAA